GGUGAAGCAGCGGGAGACGGGGAGCUGGAGCGUAGGGUCCAGCAACCAGACCCCGCUUGUCCAGCUGCGGCCUGAGGAACUGAGCAUCGGCCUCUUCCCGCCCCCCGCGACUUGAGGGUGGAUGCGGGGGGUGGGCAACGGCUGGAAUUCAGAGGACAGACGAAGAUACCUUCCCGGAUUACUGGAGGGGAGAGAGCCCCCAAGCUUGGGGAGGGGGAGAGCCGGGCGUUGGGCGUCCCCGCGGCGGCCACUGCUCUCAGCCGGCGGGCAUCGGCUGGCUCUCCCCCUCCUGCCAGACCGACACUAACGACCAAGGCUCCUCUCCUUCAGCCUCUGCAUCCCCUGGCUAGGGGGAGACCUCGGGAGAUUCAUUCCCCCAAACCCUACCCCAUCAGCUUUGGAGAGGAAAAACUGCACUCCCCAAGUGAGGGGCCCAGGGCCCACGCUGCCUGUGCCCCCAAAAGGCAAGGGUCUCAUUUGAAGAGGAAGACUGACCAGCCACAACUUCUUUCCCCCUGAGUCCCCAUCUCUGUCACUGCACCCUGCAAUUCCCACCGUGUUGUAUUUAUUUCCCGGCCCCCAGCCAGCCCAUAUCUAUCUCUGGUGUUUAGGCCUCCCUCCCUGACAUGGAGAGUAACCUGUCUGGCCUGGUGCCUGCUGCUGGGCUUGUGCCUGCGCUGCCACCUACAGUGACCCUGGGACUGACUGCGGCUUACACCACUUUGUAUGCCCUACUCUUCUUUUCUGUCUAUGCCCAGCUCUGGCUGGUGCUUCUGUAUGGGCACAAGCGUCUCAGCUAUCAGACGGUGUUCCUGGCACUCUGUCUGCUCUGGGCCGCCUUGCGCACCACCCUUUUUUCCUUCUACUUCCGAGAUACAUCCCGGGCCAACCACCUGGGGCCCUUGCCCUUCUGGCUUCUCUACUGCUGUCCUGUCUGUCUGCAGUUCUUCACCCUGACGCUCAUGAACCUCUACUUUGCCCAGGUGGUGUUCAAGGCCAAGGCAAAGCGUCGGCCACAGAUGAGCCGAGGCCUGUUGGCCGUCCGAGGGGCCUUUGUGGGGGCCUCGCUGCUUUUUCUGCUGGUGAACGUGCUGUGUGCAGUGCUGUCCCGCAGGCGCCGGGCACAGCCGUGGGCCCUACUGCUGGUGCGCGUCCUGGUGAGCGAUUCCCUCUUCGUCAUCUGUGCUCUGUCUCUUGCUGCCUGUCUCUGCCUUGUUGCCAGGCGAGCUCCCUCUACUAGCAUCUACCUGGAGGCCAAGGGGACCAGUGUGUGCCAGGCAGCUGCCAUGGGUGGUGCCAUGGUUCUGCUGUAUGCCAGCCGGGCCUGUUAUAACCUGGCAGCCCUGGCUUUGGCCCCCCGGAGCCGGCUGGAUGCCUUUGACUAUGAUUGGUACAACGUAUCUGAUCAGGCGGACCUGGUAAAUGACCUGGGGAACAAAGGCUACCUGGUGUUUGGCCUCAUUCUCUUUGUGUGGGAGCUGCUGCCCACCACCCUGCUAGUGGGCUUCUUCCGAGUGCACCGGCCUCCACAGGACCUGAGCACCCGCCACAUCCUGAAUGGGCAGGUCUUUGGCUCCCGUUCCUACUUCUUUGACCGGGCUGGGCACUGUGAGGAUGAGGCCUGUUCCUGGGAGAACAGCCGGGGAGAGAGCACCAGCAUGUCGGGCAGCCUGGGCUCGGGCAGCUGGUAUGGUGCCAUCGGGCGUGAGCCGGGCUGGUGCGGGGGCAGCCAGACGAGGACCACUCCUCUGCUCUUCUCCCAGGUUCCAGGACCCGGUGGCCACCACCACAGCCUUUACUCUACCCCGCAGACGUGACCCCCUCUCCACUGCCCCUCUAGAACACCCAUACCUGAAUCCCCCUUUCCCUGGCCCCUGUGCCAAGUUUAUCUGCCGCUUCUUGAUCAGGAUCCUGGGGUGAUGGCUGCCCCCUCCUGUAGCCAGCCCCUUGCUGCUCCUGUCGUAGUCAGCUUAUGCCACCCUCCUAAGAUGGGGGACAUGGGCCUGGCUGCCAGAUGCCCUCAGCGCCCUGGCAUGACCUACCACCUCCGCUUCCACGCCGGAGCCAGCUACCUCUCCUGUGCCUGCCACUCAAUAAACAGUGUCUGUGCCCUGGUC